AAAUCAUUUCGGUUCGGUCUGCGGGGUCGAUCGGAGACGGCAGAUAUUCCGCUAUCUGCUUGAAUUAAACACAGUUCACUAGUGCGUUGACUACGGAAAAAACUGAGUGCUUAACACACGUGAUAGAACAUUAUUCUGAAAGUCAGGACAUUUUUUUAGUUCGUUAGUUCGAGUUCGGUGUCAUACAAUGGUGAAAAUACUAAAAAUCAUGCCCACCAAACCAAAGAGCCCCAAAAAUGGCAAAGGUAAAGAAGUGGAAGAGCAGCUCGACGUGGGCACCAUCCACGAGGAGGUGGAGGUUCCAGUGGCCUCCGAGGUGGUGUUCCGCAAAAUCUGGACUAUCAGGAAGUUCCACAAGACGAUCUCCAAAAGGGAUUCGCUAGACAGCCCCGUGUUCAGAUGUUCCGUGAACGGCAUGAGCACCUUUUGGAACAUCGCAGUCAGAUUUUGGAAAGGUUCAAAUGGGAAGAAAGUUACCAACCCUCUGGUGGUGUGCCUAAAUCUCACUGGUUGCGAGACAGAAGAAACCGGUCAAGCAAGAGUGAGAUUCCAAUUUGGCAUCUGGGAUGCUAGUAUAAGACACUGGGAGUGUUGCCCGAUAUCCAGUGUGGUUUUGAACCUUCAGAACAAUAGGGACUUGCUCUCUGUGGGGUACAAGAGUCUUGGAAUUAUGGACAGACACAUAGACAGCUCAAAAGAUGUGAGAAUCAUGUUGAAGCUCCAGAUUAUCCAAAGCGACGAAGAGGUGCACAGUUUGUCGCAGGACAUGGCCCGCUUGAUGUGCACCGAUGAUGCCAAAGAUUCCCUUGUCGAGUGCACCUGCAAAGAAGGCGAGAGGCCCAUCAAAGCUCACAGUUGGAUCGUCAAACUCAGAAGUUCAAAACUUGGUACCCGACUCAUAUCAUACGAAGAUGAAAGGGACAAAAGAAUGAAGUACAAGCUAGAACUGACGGAACUAUCACACGGAUUGGUGACGGAACUCCUCCGUUACAUUUACACCGACAAGGUGGACAACCCCGACAAGUACACGCACAAAUUGUUGCCGUUGAGCACGAGAUUCCAGCUGCCCGGGUUGACCGCCCUGUGCGAGAGGAAUUUGAUUGAAAGUCUGACGCCCAGUAGCGUGCCAAAUAUCUUAUUGCUCGCCGACCAGUGCGGAUGCGACAAUUUGAGGAAGGCGGCUUUACAUUAUUGCGAGAAUUCCGUGGAAAUCAAGGAUUCGGUGCACCACACAGGGGGUAAAACGUUGGCUUGGAGGGUGAUGGAGAUGGUAAACCCCGACUUGUUCUUGGAGGCGUGCGAGAGCAUCGGUAGUUCCUCCAGUAAUCUGGACAGUCCCGGAACGACGGGCUCCUGGAGCGAUUGACUCCUGAGAAAGCUAGCCAAUUUAUUUAUUUCGAAAGCUGAUAAAGUACAAAGAAUGUAAUAUUUACAAUGUGAUCUGAUUUUUUUUUUAUUAUUCGUAUUUUAAGAUUGGUAUUAUGAAAUGUAUUAUAUUAGAUAGGGUACUAAAUAAAAUUCGAUAUUAAGGUUAAUAGCUAACGUUAUAAAUGCAGUUUAACGUGCAUUGAUUUUAGUUUUAAGGAUGAGGAGCCUUGUCGUACUGUAACUUGUAGGUUUAAGUCUAAUUUUCCAGAAAAAAAAGUAUUCUUAGGAGUGAAUUAUUUUUUAUCGAUGUUACUGUAAGUACAUUAUG